CCCAGCCGCCGCGCGCCAUUCACCCUUUGCCCGGCGAGGCGAACUACCGACAGCGCGCGCCGCUGGGUCGCGAAUUCUGCUCGCUCCCGCAGCAACGUAGGGCACGGGUGUCGCCAGGGUGGUGCGCGGGAUCCCUCUUCGGCAACUCUGAGCCAGCGCAAUGGCAGCAGAGGUCAACAGUGCUUCCAAGGGUGCUGACCUGUGGUCCUCGCAUGAUAAAAUGCUGGCGCAGCCCCUAAAAGACAAUGACGUUGAGGUGUACAACAUCAUUAAGAAGGAGAGCAACCGGCAGAGGGUCGGGUUAGAGCUGAUCGCCUCCGAGAAUUUCGCCAGCAGAGCCGUUCUGGAGGCCCUUGGCUCUUGCUUAAAUAACAAGUACUCUGAGGGGUACCCAGGCCAGAGGUAUUACGGUGGCACUGAGUUUGUUGAUGAGCUGGAGACCCUCUGUCAGAAGCGAGCGCUGCAGGUCUAUGGGCUGGACCCCCAGUGCUGGGGAGUCAACGUCCAGCCCUACUCCGGGUCCCCGGCCAACUUUGCUGUGUACACCGCCCUGGUGGAACCCCAUGGGCGCAUCAUGGGCCUGGACCUGCCCGAUGGAGGCCACCUGACCCAUGGGUUCAUGACAGAUAAGAAGAAAAUCUCUGCUACAUCCAUCUUUUUUGAAUCUAUGCCCUAUAAGGUGAACCCAGACACUGGCUACAUCGACUAUGACCAGCUGGAGGAGAACGCCCGCCUCUUCCACCCGAAGCUGAUCAUUGCAGGAACCAGCUGCUACUCCCGAAACCUGGACUAUGCUCGCUUGCGGAAGAUUGCCGAUGACAACGGGGCCUAUCUCAUGGCUGACAUGGCGCACAUCAGCGGGCUGGUGGCAGCUGGCGUGGUGCCCUCCCCGUUCGAGCACUGCCACGUGGUGUCCACCACCACCCACAAAACCCUGAGAGGCUGCCGAGCCGGCAUGAUCUUCUACAGGCGAGGAGUGCGCAGCGUGGAUCCCAAAACCGGCAAAGAGAUCCUGUACAACCUGGAGUCGCUCAUCAACGCUGCUGUGUUCCCAGGCCUGCAGGGAGGUCCCCACAACCACGCCAUUGCUGGGGUUGCCGUGGCUCUGAAGCAAGCCCUGACUCCGGAGUUCAGACUUUAUCAGCGCCAGGUGGUGGCCAACUGCAGGGUUCUGGCUGAGACUUUGAUGGAGCUGGGCUACAAAGUAGUAACAGGUGGUUCUGACAACCAUUUGAUCCUCGUGGAUCUCCGUUCCAAAGGCACAGAUGGUGGCAGAGCUGAGAAGGUGCUAGAAGCCUGUUCUAUUGCCUGCAACAAGAACACCUGCCCAGGUGACAAAAGCGCCCUGCGGCCCAGUGGGCUGCGACUGGGGACCCCAGCACUGACAUCCCGAGGACUUCUGGAAAAAGAUUUCAAAAAAGUAGCCCUCUUCAUUCACAAAGGGAUAGAACUGACUCUCCAGAUUCAGAGUGAUGUUGGUGUCAAGGCCACCCUGAAGGAGUUCAAGGAGAAGCUGGCAGGGGAUGAGAAGCACCUCAGGGCCAUCAGAGCUCUCAGGGAGGAGGUGGAGAGCUUCGCGUCUCUCUUCCCUCUGCCCGGCCUGCUUGACUCUUAGAGAAGCCAGCAGGCUGCACCUGCCCCAGUGUAGGACCCUCAGGACUGCCCGAGGCACUUCCCUGAGGACACAGCGCCCUUCUCAGAAGAGAAGCACCACCCUACACAGGACCUGGUCGGCUUGCGUGUGCUGAGGGGUUUCUUUUAGGACUUUUCUCAUGUUAUCUUCCCAAAUCAAAAUCUGUUUAAGCCCUUGUUAGUAAGUCUGGAACAAAUUAUUAAGGAGUUUAAAUCUGAACCUCACUACUUUCUUACAGCUCGAUCUAUAAUUAUUCUGGAAAUGAAAUAUUAUUUAGUCUUAAUUCAUUUAAACAGUAGGGUAGGUCAGAGCUAUUGGAAAGAUUCCAGUAAUUUUACUCACCUGUCUCUUAGAGUUACUGGGUUUCCUCCGACUCGCUGCAGCAAAUAAGAAACAUCCAAGUUCAUAAUCUGUAAAAGCUGCUCAUAUUCUGUUACCCAGUGGGACACCACAGGGAAACUGAAUUAUGACCUUACAACUGAAGAGGGAAAUUCUCCUGAAGCUUCUGCUAUGUGCUUUCAGUCAGAAUUCUAAGUUAAACGAGUCUAUACAAGAUGCCACCCGUAUGUAGGUUUCUCUGUUAGCAACUCAGUAUGCUGUGGAAAUGGUCUUCACCGUCCCACCCUGGGGAGGCGGGAGGGCCUGGGGACCCUCCUCUCCUAGUGUGAGAAUCAGCCGCAGGCUCUCCUGCCCUGUGUGAGAGGGCUCCCUCUGUAAUCAGGAAGCCAAAACUGUCACCUUCCCAAAGAAACUUUAUUUUUCAUAAAGCUGAAAUGCAAAACAUAAAUGACCAUUUUUAAUAAGCACAAAUUUUUAACCACAGAAUGUCUACAAGAAUUAUAGCUUUAAAA